AUGCUUGCAAAGCUUCGGCGUUAUGUGCUUCAUCCUAUCGUUAUGAAAUGCCGGUUGGAAGAACUUUUAAAGUUAAUCGCCUUAGCUCUUCUUUUCUCAAUUCUGUAUGUAUUGCUCUUUGGGAGUAGUUAUGAUAUAAGAGAUGUUGUUGAUCGAACGAAGUUCACUCAAACAUCAAUAGGAUAUGCUAGACCUAGAAUGAUAAGAAAUGAUUUCGUCGCUGCUGUUUUAGUUAUGUGUGCUACACGAGCGCAUGCUAUAGAUAAUCAUUUGAAACUUUUAACCAAAUAUCGACCAUCGAACACUGCAUUCCCUAUAAUCGUUUCACAGGAUGGCGAUAUGACCUCUGUUAAGAACGUUAUAUCUACGUAUAUUACCUCUUCUAGCAAUAUCACUUAUAUGCAGCAUGAACGAAAAACUUCCCAAGGAGCGGCCAAGAACUAUCCGCUUAUCACAGCGCAUUAUAAAUGGGCUUUCCAGAAAGUUUUUAAUGAAAUGAAAUAUGAUUAUGUAAUUGUAACAGAAGAUGAUUUGGAAAUAUCUUCCGAUUUCUUUUCCUAUUUUGCAUGGGGGAAACGAGCAUUGGAAGCUGAUGAAUCCCUUUGGUGUGUGUCGGCCUGGAACGAUAAUGGAUUGCCAGGGAGUAUUGAUGGACGCACGCCUGAUCUUACAUGGCGAACAGACUUCUUUCCUGGCCUAGGAUGGCUUCUAUCGAGAAAAUUGUGGGAAGAAUUAGAGAGUGGUUGGCCUGACGCUUAUUGGGAUGAUUGGAUGAGGAAGCCCGAAGUACGAAAGGGUAGAAGUUGUAUUAGGCCGGAAAUCCCUCGAACUUCCCAUAACAUGGAGUUAGCAGGCAAAGGAUCGAGCGGCGGUUUGUAUAAGCAAAUACUGAAACAAAUCACACACUCGAACGUUGCGGUUAACUUCGACUUGAUCCCCGUUCGCAAUAUGGUGAAGGAUAGAUUCGACAAAUAUCUCAGCAAGCUAUUAGUAGAAUCUCAUACUAUCAAACUGACAGCGUCAACAGCGAGUUCUCUCAAAGAAACUGAAUUCGACGUUUCACAUUCUUACAAAAUUGUGUAUGACAAUGUCAGAACAUGGUAUAACAUAGGGAACAUUCUAGGAAUCAUGGUUGAUAUUCGGGGGGGAAUGCCUAGGACUGCUUACGAUGGCGUCGUUUCUACAAUGUACAAAGGCUGUAGACUUUAUAUAAUUCCGGAAAAUUUGGAUAUUCACAACAUUGAUAGCUUCAAGUAUAAUUCAACAUGGGAUUUACAACUUCGUUACAUCGAGUUCGAAAAAACUUAUUGUAGGCCUGGAAGAUUCCUUGGAGAUUGCGAUCCAUAUUCCGACGAUAUGAAACAAUAUUUCAAAAAACGCCGACAUUCAACAAAAUUAGAAAAUUGGCUGCCACUAGUCAGGAUGUUCAAACUUUGCGCUCUGGUGGCGAUUUCUUCAGUGUUGGUGAGUUAUGCCGUUGAACGCAAUCUUCGUACUGCAUCCAACCUUUUACCUCAUGGAGUGAACCAUCCUCCAAGAGAGCGUCAGUUCCAAAUUCAAAUCCCUGGCUUAGACGAACCAUCCAAGAUCAGAAAGUCUAAGAGAUCCGAGAGCAGAAUCAAGCGUAACGUUGGAGGAUAUGCCCAAUCGGGUGGUCAAUACGGAGGAGCUCCCCCACAAUACUUCCAACCUCAACCUCAACCCUCCUACUCUCAAGCAGCUCAACCUCAACCAUCAUACUCCCAAGCUGCUCCACAACCAUCAUAUUCUCAAGGUCCACAAGCUCCACAACAAGCUUAUCUCGCUCCACCUCAAGGAUAUCAAGCACCCCAAAGCCAACAGACUGUCGUCAGUUACUAUCGCCCACCUCAGCAACAAUCUGUUUAUCAGCAACAGAGAUUAGGUGUUCAAGUUCCUCCACCAAUUCAACAGAAGAGCGUCGCCUAUCAACAACAGCCACAGAUUCAACAACGUCCUAAUAAUGCCAUCUCAGUCCAACCUCAAGUUCACUACCAACCACAGGUUGCCCCAGCACCAGUGCAACAAAGAGUUCACCAAGGAGCUUACCAGGAAGGACCAUACGCUGGAAGAAAGGAAGUAAUCCAACAAAGAACCACCAUCUAUCAACAACGUCCUCAGACCCUUCCAAAUGCUGCUCGCCCUGUUAUUCGCCCUGCUGCCAAGCCAUAUCAAAGAUUCAUGGUUGCUCCUAACCCCAGCAAUGGAGGAUAUGAUAACGAAGGAUACCAAGAGACCGUUCCUCAAAUUCAGCAAAGACCAGAAGUUCCACAGCCAAGACCUCAACCACCUCGUCCUCAACCAAGUGUUCAACUUACAGAAGAAGGCUACGGACCAUCUGACCAAAUUCAAGUGAGCCCAGCUCCAGUUAUCCCAGUCACUGUCACCAACGCCCCAGCUCUCCCUGCUCAACCAAACUAUAUCGAGGAACCAUACGUACCAGUUCAACCUGUUAGAACCAGCCCUCCAGUUACUCGUCCUCCUGUUACUCGUGCUCCAACUACUCAACCACCCCCACCUCCACCACCAGUUCAGACUACUCCAACAUAUGAUGAGCCUGAGCCUGAAACCGAAGCUCCAGCUCCAUAUGAUGAACCAGCACCUGUAGAGGAGGAAUGCUUCUAUAACCCCAGUGGUUACAUCUGCUGUAACGAACUUCUCAAUGACUUAAUGGUUGAGACAUACCAAGAAUUAGAAAACAGACCUAAGUUCCACACUUGCAACGUUCAAGCUUUAGUUAACACCCUCCAGAAAAAACUUGAGGACGCCUUCAAAACUCCAUUCGAAACUAUUGCUGCUUAUGAUGAUUUCUCCCAGAGAAUCAAUUACAAGAAGGAUCUUGUUUGCAAAGUCGAGCUGAACGGACGUUACAUCCUUGCUUAUGCUGCUGUUGGCGCCGACGAGACCAAAAAAGUUGUCCGUUCCAUUAGCAUCUAA